UUGUCAUAAUGGAGCCCAGCAGUCCAAAGAAGAUCCAGUUUGCUGUGCCGCCGCUGCAGGGCCAGUUGGACCCUCAAGCCUCAGAGCAAAUCCGUCGGAGACGACCGACUCCUGCAACGCUGCAAAUCUACAGACAACCUGGUACAGAAGUUGGAGAGCAGCACAAUGCCAGCGGAGGAGCUCAGACUUCAGAUGGCGCUCAGAGGAAGCGGAGCACCUUGGCCCCGCCCACCAUGAAAGAGCUCCAGCUAGGGGCGGAGCAACACCCCUGUGAGAUGGACACUCAGUCUAGUCCAAUGGCAGCCCAGCUCUAUGCCAGCCCUUCCCUGUGGACCAAUCACAAUGGGCCAGAGGAAGCCAAUGGGAAUGAGGCGCAGCUUCUUUUAGCCAAUCAGGAGAGAGGAGUGGAAGCAAGCAACAGCUCCGGGGAUGUGUCAUGCGACUCACAAAACGAGGCUUCCAGUCCUGACUCGGUUUCUCGGUAGCCACCACCGCUCUCCCGUCUUCAAGCGCCUCCUCUUCCUCGCCCCUGCAUUAACCGCUCGGCACUCGCAUUUAAUCUCAAUCUGCAAGUUUGACCUUUGAACCCACGGCUGUGAAUA